GCGGCAUGCCCGCCCGGCGGCCCCCCGCCUGCUAGGCUCCCGUCGGCACCGAGGAGGCGGCGGAGGAGGAGCGGGGUCGGCGGCCGCCCGCCCCGUCGCAGCGCCCCGCCGCCGCAGCCGCCCGCGGGGGAGGCCAAGAUGGCAGAGGCGUCGCCCCCCGCCCCGCUCUCGCCCCUGGACGUGGAGCUGGACCCCGAGUUCGAGCCGCAGAGCCGCCCCCGCUCCUGCACCUGGCCCCUGCAGAGGCCCGAGCUGCAGGCCAGCCCAGCCAAGCCCGCCGGCGAGCCGCCCGCCGACGCCGCGUCCAUGAUCCCCGAGGAGGAGGACGACGAGGAGGAGGUGGGCGGCUCGGCCAUGGCCGUCGGCAGCGCGGCCCCCGCGGCCGGAGAAGCGGCGGCGGCGGCCACCGCCGUCCCGGAGGAGACGGCGCGGCUGCUGGCCCCGCUGCCCGGAGGCGGCCCGGAGGGGCCGAGCCUCUCGCCGGGGGGAGCGGCGGCGGCGGGCGGCGGGGGGCUGAGCGGGGGCCCGGCGGCGGCGCCGAGGAAGUGCUCGUCGCGGCGCAACGCGUGGGGCAACCUCUCGUACGCCGACCUCAUCACCCGCGCCAUCGAGAGCUCCCCGGAGAAGCGCCUCACCCUCUCCCAGAUCUACGACUGGAUGGUCCGCUGCGUGCCCUACUUCAAGGACAAGGGCGACAGCAACAGCUCGGCCGGCUGGAAGAAUUCGAUCCGGCACAACUUGUCACUCCACAGCCGAUUUGUCAGGGUGCAGAAUGAAGGCACCGGGAAAAGCUCUUGGUGGAUGAUCAAUCCAGAUGGUGGAAAAGGCGGCAAGGCACCCCGGAGACGCGCUGUGUCGAUGGACAACAGCAACAAGUACACGAAGAGCAGAGGGCGAGCGGCUAAGAAAAAGGCAGCCCUGCAGACCGCCCAGGAGACGAGCGAGGACAGCCCUUCUCAGCUCUCCAAGUGGCCAGGGAGUCCCACCUCCCGCAGCAGUGAUGAGCUGGAUGCAUGGACGGAUUUUCGCUCCCGCACAAAUUCAAACGCCAGUACGAUCAGUGGCCGCUUGUCACCGAUUUUGGCAAGCACCGAACUAGAUGAUGUUCAAGAUGACGAUGCUCCGCUUUCUCCCAUGCUGUACAGUAGUCCAUCGAGCUUGUCCCCAUCGGUAAACAAACCAUGUACUGUGGAGUUGCCUAGGUUGACUGAUAUGGCUGGGACAAUGAAUUUGAACGAUGGACUGACAGAUAACCUCAUGGAUGAUCUCUUGGACAAUAUAACACUCCCUCCCUCCCAGCAGUCGCCCACAGGAGGGAUAAUGCAGAGAAGCUCCAGUUUUCCUUAUGGUUCCAAAGGUUCAGGGCUGGGUUCCCCAUCAAGUAGUUUCAACAACGCCGUGUUCGGGCCGUCGUCCCUGAAUUCCCUCCGCCAGUCGCCCAUGCAGACCAUUCAGGAGAACAAGCAGGCCACCUUCUCUUCCAUUUCUCAUUACAACAACCAGACGCUGCAAGAUCUCCUCGCCUCUGAUGCACUUAGUCACAGCGAUGUCAUGAUGACACAGUCAGACCCACUCAUGUCACAAGCCAGCACAGCUGUGUCCGCCCAGAAUUCCCGCAGGAAUAUAAUGCUCCGCAAUGACCCCAUGAUGUCGUUUGCCGCGCAGUCCAGCCAGGGCGGUCUGGUCAAUCAGAGCCUGCCCCAUCACCAGCACCAGUCCCACAACUCCUCUCUUAGUGGCAGCCGUGCCUUGUCCAAUUCCAUCAGUAACAUAGGCUUGAGUGACUCGAACAGCUUGGGAUCCACCAAACAUCAGCAGUCACCUGUCAAUCAGUCUAUGCAAACACUUUCUGACCCGCUCUCAGGCUCCUCUUUGUACUCCUCUAGCGUGAACCUCCCGGUCAUGGGACACGAGAAAUUCCCAAGUGACUUGGACCUGGAUAUUUUCAAUGGGAGCCUGGAGUGUGACAUGGAGUCCAUUAUCCGCAGUGAACUCAUGGAUGCAGAUGGGCUGGAUUUUAACUUUGAUUCCCUCAUCUCAGCUCAGAAUGUUGUCAGUCUGAAUGUGGGGAACUUCACUGGUGCUAAACAGGCUUCAUCACAGAGUUGGGUACCAGGCUGAAGGACCUUUGAGAACAGGGAAAAUGGGCAAACAGGCCCUCAAACUGACACGAGAUGUAGAGAGAGAACCCUUUGCCAAAUCUGCUGUCAGCAAGUGGACAGUGAUACUGUUUACAGCUUACGACCUUUGUGAACCCUGCAUUAUUUUUCCUAACGAAGCAGACUGUUAAUAGGCCCCUUAGUGGAGUGAAGAUCCUCCUUUUUUUUCUCUUUUUUUCCUCCUCUUUUUUUUGGGAGUUUUACUCAUUCUGAAGUAUGCAAAAUCUUCCUUUCCUGGGAUGGCCAAGCACCUGCUGUGGAGACAAUGUUCAGCACCAUCCUGUUGAGAACACACUGUGUAGCCUUUACAGUAGUUACUUGUCAAUGAGUAUGUGGUGUUUCAGUAUAUUAAUGGUUUAUGGGAUGUUUUAAGUUGACUUUUCUUUUUGGAGGUUUUCCCUGUCUGCCCACCCUCCCCCCUACAACCUCCAGUUUGAUUUCCUUAGAUUUUUGACCAUUUUUGCUUUCUCUCCCUGGGGAAUCUGAAGUACUGCGCAUGUGCAAGGAAAUGAUCAUAACCCAACACUGCUCAGACAUCAGGGUUUUCUGAAUAUACAGCGUUUGUUAUACCGAUCAACCGGCUGAGUUCCAGAGAGGGGUGAUGUGUGUGGUCUGUUUGUUUGUUGGGUUGGUUUGUUUCUUUCUUUCUUCUUCUUUCCUUAAAUUUAAUGGUGCACCCCUGUUUUCCAUAAGCAUCAAACCAGGGUUGAUUGCAAAACAAAGGAAGCUGGCGAGUUUGCCUCUUGGCUCGUGAGGACGGACUGACAGCGGGUGCCGUUGCCCGCACGUGCACCAAGGCAGGAGCCCGUUUGCUGCCCGCUGGAGCAGGCUCCCCUCCUGCCUUAUGUUAGCAAGGCUGCCCCUACUGCCGCAGUGAGCUGGUAAGGAGCUAUAAGCUGAGCUGCCAGACAAGUUGAACAUAGCCACCUGUAAAGAUGUGUUUGAAAAAGUGAAAAUUAAGGGAAAUACGCCACUUCGCAGAAAAGCUAAGCGUGAAGGCUGGGCAUUGGCAGGUGACUUGCAGUGGCAAUGCCGGGAGUUGAGGCACAGGUCGUUGCAGGGUGUGUUACUGCAUCAGUGAUCCUUUUGGUUUUUUUGUUUUGACAUAUCCUUGAUUAUUUUUUCCUUCUCAGUGUGUAUAAUCCGUUGUGGCAGAAGAAGCAGGAGAGGGAAUGGCAAGGUGACAGUAUCAUACAAAUGGCUUUUCAUGUGAGCAUAGACUGUAACAGGAUAAAUGACGCUGAAAGACAAGGCAGUUUUAUAUAUUUUGCGUCUAAGAUUUUCUUUUGUAAAAUGAAUAAUAAUUAAUAAUAAUAAUGAAUAAAAGGUAUGGUGCUGUA